GCGCAGCUGACAGCGCCGCGCUCCAGGUCUCUGCCCGCAGCUCCCGCCGGGAUCUGCCCGGCCCCGGCCCCGCGGAUUUAGGAUUAACUCGCCUGUGGAGAGAUGGUCGUAGCUGAAUUAUUUAAAGAUACUUAAGAGCAAUUUUUUCCACUGUUAAUCAGACUGCUUUACCAAUGGAGCCCCGGAUCCCCCACAACAUCACUGUUGUCCCCAACUCUGUGAUGGUCCAGCCCUUACUGGACAGUCGGAUCCCCUAUGGGCGGCUGCAGCACCCGCUCACCAUCCUGCCGAUUGACCAAAUGAAGACAACUCACAUCGAGAAUGAUUACACCGACAACCCCACCGCUUCCCAGCUGGCGGCCCAGAAGCACCCCCGGGGCUCCCAUGAACUGGUCUUGACCAACCAGCACCUGCAGCGGUGUGAGCAGGAUGUCACCCACCCCUGGAUUUCGUUCAGCGGGCGCCCCAGCUCCAUCAGCAGCAGCAGCAGCACGUCUUCAGACCAAAGGCUCUUGGACCACAUGGCCCCGGCGCCCGUGGCGGAGCAGUCCUCCCCCAGAGCCGUUCGCAUCCAGCCCAAGGUGAUUAACUGCAAACCCCUGGACCUGAAGGGACCUGUGUCUCAGGAACUGGACAAGCACUUUCUGCUGUGCGAAGCCUGUGGGAAAUGCAAGUGUAAGGAGUGCGCGCUGCCCCGGACUCUGCCUUCGUGCUGGGUGUGCAACCAGGAGUGUCUCUGCUCGGCCCAGAACCUGGUCAACUACUCCACCUGCAUGUGUCUCGUCAAGGGCGUCUUCUACCACUGCACCAAUGAGGACGACGAGGGCACGUGUGCCGACCACCCCUGCUCCUGCUCCCACUCCAACUGCUGUGCCCGCUGGUCCUUCAUGGGUGCCCUCUCCCUGGUGCUCCCUUGCUUGCUCUGCUACCUGCCAGCCACCGGCUGCGUCAAGCUGUCCCAGAGAUGCUACGACCAAGUGAGCCGGCCCGGAUGCAGAUGCAAAAACACAAACAGUGUCAUUUGCAAGGCGUUGCCAGAGAGCAAAGGAAGCAGGCCAGAAAAGCCCUUUUGAUGGUUUGGGAGGAUGGGGACUGGGAGGACGCUCCACGGAGGGGGGUGGCAUUGGCUCUUUUUAAUAACCUGUGUUCUGAGGAUAACGUUAGCCUUUUGCCUUCGGAGAAAGCAGAAGCAACUAUUUCCACAAACUGAAGCACUUUGGGCUAUUCAGGGUUUUGGAACUGGUCAGAAUUUAAAUAGAUGGGGCCAAAGGAGGAAUCUUAAUAAUGUCGAGUGAAGGCUGAAAACCUAUGUAUAUCAUGAAGUACAGCUGCUUAAAAACUCCUGGUUCGGAGGGAUGGCUGCUCACCACGCCUGCACGCCACAAGAACCAUUAACUGCUCGCUUGGCAGGCAUGGCCGCACAAGCAAUACCCAUUCCCAGCUGCAAAAAGCUGCAUUGGAUUCGUAUUCAGGGCGGGCUUCUUGUUUUCGCUUUCCUUCCAAACUCUGAUUUGCUACCAGCAGCCAGUUGAAGGUGACAGGUUCACUCCCUGCGCCCUCCUUCCCCACCUGCACCCCAUUAGAAGGGCCAGUUGCACACAAAGUACAUGUUUCUCAAAAGCUUUCUGUGUCCCUCAAAGAUUUUGAAUCAGAAGUAAAGAUACAGGUCAUAUGUUGAAGGGUCUUUUAACGUUUAGGCACAUCGCUUUCUCUGAACCCACCUGGCCACACUGAUUUGGACCUUCUUGUUAAAGCAAGAUGGUAACAGGGUUGCUCCCUCCCCAGGAAGAAUAGCGGCAGGAUGUGUUCGGGCAGUUGUAUCAACAUCAUGUCCUUCUGCCUGUAAGCUGAUCCGUAGCAUCAGGUUUCACUCAGUGGAAUAUUAAUUUUACAUCAACAGUACAAACCCGUGCCAGAAGGAUGUUGGUUGAAUCCCAUUUCCCCAGCACGUAUGCUUGCUCCCCCAGUGCUGGGGCGAAGGGGAUCUUAACUCACGCCACAAAGUGAAGACGUUCAGUGUUUCUCUAAACCUCUUAAGUUAAGAAGUCACAAAAAACCUAAGUGUAAAAUACACCUAGGUGUAUUUUUAUAGAGAUAUCAAUCCAGUACCUCCUCUCCUGGAACAAGCUCUUCUUUGCUCAUUAAAUAAUAAGAUUUCUAAUAUUUUUGUCUUGGGGAUGAAUGGCAUUUGCUUGAAGUACAGCCCAUUCCCCCCAUCUCUAUUGCUGCUGUUUGACUUUUGCCUCCUCUGUACAAAAGUGUGUCUUUUUAAGUGUAGAGAAUGCUUUUAAUGUUUAUUUUAGUGUUAACAAACAUUAGGGAAAUCCAGGGGAAGGAAGAGAGUGUACUUAAGAAUGUGCCCAUGGUUUUCAGUAGGUGACUAUCAUUGGCUUUAUCCAUGCACUCAUCCUAGGGCCGGUUCUGCAUUCCCUUAAGAUGCAGUAACCCCUUAAGAUGCAGUAACCCCUUUCUCUUGACAACUACAAGGUGCUAAAUAAAAAUCUUUGUCCAAACAUGCAACACUGUAAUAAGUAGGUAGGUACUUGUUGCAUGCAGAAAACUGAUCUAGUCUCUCCAUUUUUUUUUUUUUUUUAAUUAGAGGAAAUUUCCUCAGUAAAUGCACAGCAGUGACAGUGAAAUGUCAUCUCUAAUUAGACAAGCAAUAGGCAGAGCUCAUGUAGCAUUUCCAGGAAUCCCAUUUGCUUGGUUGCAAUACAGUUGCUGCGUAGGGGUUGGCAGGAACGUACUGAUGGGACCUCUGGUGUCUGUUGUUUUCAGAAUUCAUUUAACCUGGAUGACUUGGGGUUUAGUUAAGCUUAACUGUAGAUAUUUAUUGAAUGGGGAAUUUAAAAAACAACACCACACUUUCUAUAUUUAUAACAUUUGCUAGCGUGUAUAUAAGUCAUAGAAAAAGGGAUACUACGUCUGUCACCAGAUACCAAUUCCUAUAGUUUAUCCUCAUGUUGACCAUAUGGGGACACCAGAAAGAAGGAAGCAGGGGGGAUCCAGAGCUGUAUUUAUUAUCUUGCACAAAUUGGAAGGGAAAAGAUAAAAGGAAAACCAGCCCCAAACUAGCUGAACUGUUGGUUGAAUGUAUAAGGUAUUGUAUUUAAUAAGAAAUCAUUUUCCUAAGAUGCGAACAGGCUAGAAAACACAGCGGGAGAGGUGUUUACCUGCUGCCCUCCUCUAUUGGGACCAUACGUAUCCAAACGGCCUCCACCUAUGGUUGUUUUGCCUUUUUUGACCCUCUGUCCCUGGCUGUUCCCGGGAGAUCUGUGCUAAACAUCAGCGAUAGCAAAGCCCGGGGCACAGAUGCAUGGUCCUUGCGAGCAAAUACAACGCUGGAGUGGUCGCUGCCGUGCCAAUCUACACUCAUGUAUAUACACCCAGCAAUCCCAAAUGGAUUUACUUUCAUUGUA